AUGCUUUCUCUCAGCACCCUGUCCCCGCUCGUUCUCUUCACAUCGGUGGCACUUGCCGGCAAUGCUCAUCCUUGGAAGUAUGCCAACAACCCCAUCGUCAAGCAAACAUCCCCCAACUCCUUGACCAUCACCACGCCACCCGCAACCGACCUCUGGCACCCCAGCGCUGCUCCCCAAAACUUCACAUCCCCAUAUGUCUACAAGGUCUGCAAGUCUGCGGACUUUCAGCGUGUUUCGGUCACCCUCUCCGCAGAUUUCAAGACGAGGUACGACCAAGGCGGUAUUGCAAUCUUCUUCCCAAACAAGAAAGAUGCAAACUCGAAGACUGGUCCCGAGUCCUGGUUGAAGACCGGAAUUGAGUUUGAAAAAGGUGCACCACAAUUGGGUACUGUCGGAAACUACAAGUUUUCGGACUGGAGCUUGGCGCCCGUCGUUCCGGAGGGUGCAAAGGAGGGAACCUUUUUGGUGGAGAGGAACGGAACUGAGCUGUGGUCAUACCACGUCGUCAACAACGACCGCUAUCCCCUGCGGGAGGUGACAUGGGCGUUCCUCGAGGAGAGAGGCAAGAAGGAUGCCGAGCUGUGGGUUGGUCUCUACGCCGCGAAGCCUACGUACAAUGAGAACCCGAAGGAGAAGCUCUCGGUGGAUUUCAAGGACAUCGAGAUUGUGUGUUAA